ACAGUAUGGACGUCAAUAUGUCUUAAAAAUAGUUUGUAAGUGCUUAAUUGUUUGUUUCUUUGUUGUUAUCAAUGAAAUCUAACAAGACAAUGUAAUUUUUAUUUAACAGUGAUAAUUUCUGUAGUGUUUUAGUGUAGUGUUAUUGUUUCAAAAUGAAAGUUGUUGAAGCUAAAAUCGUCGUUCUGGGCUCGCAAGGCGUCGGCAAAACAAGUCUUGUGGUACGUUACAUAGGCAAGAUGUUCUCAAAGCACAUUUCGCCCACCAUCGGAGCCUCGUUCUUCACAUGCAACAUCAACCUCGAAGAUGCGAGAAUUAAACUCCAGGUAUGGGACACAGCCGGCCAAGAGAGGUUCCGGUCCAUGGCUCCCAUGUACUACAGGAACGCGAACGCAGCUCUACUGGUCUACGAUAUCACCAGCGCGAACAGCUUCGCCUCCAUCAAGGGCUGGGUCAAGGAGUUGCAGAGUAACGUACCGGACCCAAUGAUACUCUCGCUGGUGGGCAACAAGUGUGACCUGGAGUCAUGUCGCGCGGUCACACAGAGCGAGGCGUCGCAGUACGCGGCCUCCAUCGGGGCCGCUUACUGCGAAACGUCCGCGCUGCACGACCAGGGUAUAGACCAAGUGUUCCUGAACACGGCGUCGGAACUCUUGACGCUGUCCUCGUCCAGCCUCGUCGCCUCUCUGCGCUCCUACGACUCGACGGAAUACGAUGAGAAGUUACCCAUAGGUAUUCCGUCAGAAGAAAAGGCGACACACACGGGGAAGAUAGAGCUCCCGGCGUGGAGUGGGGGGGACGUCAAACACGGGGAGACGCAGCGGAACCUGUGCUGCUAGCGCUCGCACUGACCAUCAGCUAUACCUCGAAGCACAUUGCGUGCGAAUUAUACACUAACUAUUGUAUAUAUCAUGUCUGUAAUUACACCGGUAUACCUUUUAUCCACUCGUGUUGCGUGGUGGUGGCCUCAAAACUCUUCAAGUCGAAGCUUUUGAAACACAGGACACUUAAAAAACGAUAUAGCUUAUUAAUGACAGAUAAUUUUAUUGAUAUUUAAAGAAACGAUUCGUAUAAAUUGUCUCACGAUAUGAAAUCAAGUUAUAGUUGUUUGCAGUUUCUCGUCAAUGACUUUAAAUUAAACAAUAUAUAUCAAUAAAUUAAUUGUUUAUAUCGUAAUACAUAUGGUAUACGCGGCGCAUGUUUGUGAAGCUCCCAGUCGGCAUGUUUUUUUACAAAAUCUUCACCAAUCAUCGUCAUAUUUCAGACAAUUUACAGAAAACAUUAAUGUAUGAUACGCCUAAACCUUUCUUAUGAAACACUCUGUUCAUUGGUGAAAACCGUAUGAAAAUCCUUGAAAAAUCUUGCCGUAUUAAUUAUAAUUAUUUUAUACAUUCCUAUAAAUAAUCUAAUAUUAAGUUCUUUUGAAUAUUUAUUAAUAAAAAUAACCAAUAAAAUAGUAUAUUUCGUUUUUAAAAACUGACCUUAUAUACUUUUUACAAUAUGGCAGCUGACGUCAGCAAUAUUUUUAUGGCGUGAAGUAAAAUUCUUAUAUGUUUACAUGUUUAAACCGAACUAUUAUAUUAUCCUUAAGGUCUUUAAGGCCUUUUAUCCUGAUUAGCAGAUUGUAUAUAAGAAAAUUUAAAACAUUUUUAUCUAGCGAACUAAACUAGUUGCCAAUACAAAACUAAACUAAAUUAGUUAUAUAUUAUAGUGCACAAGUGUGUGCGCAAGCACAAGUGCACUCUCUAUUCCCUAGCUCACAUAAUCCGAUGGGACGGAAAUCCGACACGACCGGAAAGAGUUCAGGCACAAGACCAACGCUUUACGUGCUUUCCGAGGCACGGGGUAUACACACUUCCAACUUCGUGACCCCGAGCUGCUACUGAGAAUUUUCUGAAAGAAAAACUCAAUAACUUUUUAUUGGCCCGACCCGGGAAUCGAACCUCUGGGUCAACGGCCUUAUCAAUCCUACUUAUAUUAUAUAAAUGUUUGUGGUAUAGGUUAUUUGUUAUUCAAUAUUACCUAAACUAUACGGAUUCUUAUAAAAUCGAUUGUAUAAUAAACUGAACAUAAAAUUAGCUGAAACUCAUAGUAAUGUAAUGAAAUACACGAACCAUUUGAAAAUACUUUUUAUAAUUUUUAUUACCAAUAUAUUAUUAUAUAAUCUAAAUAACUAAUC